UGUCUGGAGGAGGAGCGUGUACCGGAAUACGUCUACUUCCUCCAUGUACUCUACUUGUACUCUACUUGUACUCUACUUGUACUCUACUUCUUCAAUCAGCGUCUCUAAUUAGUCUUAAUUAUAAGGGCUUCGUUAUUCCGCGUCUCGGUCUGAGGCGCAGAGACAUUUACCGGACAAACCGGGGACCUGCAGACUCACAGCGGGGACCGGGCCGCAGACACCGGGGGCCCGUCAAUCACCGCCCGCGGAGCAGAGUCAGCGGCGGCGAUCCGUCACACGGCACUCACGUACGGAGCCGGUGGCCGCCCGGGACCGGGACGCGCGGCUGAAUGACGCCGACCGACCGGACUCACAGCGAACCCUCGUCGCGAUGUCUUCCUUCAUCUCCUCCCCCCCCCUCCUCCUCCUCCCUCUCCUCCUAGUGGGCGGGACUAAGCCGGCUGUCAGUCAGUCCAGUGACUCGUCAGUGCCCAUGUGUUACGACUGGGGGGAGGCCAGUGAGGGAGGGGUCUCGGUCCUGGAGGGGGAGGCCGGCUGGCUGUUCUGUCCUCUCUUCUCUCACCCCUCCGUCUACAACUACACCUCUACCCGGAAAGACAGACUGAAACCGGUAUGGUACCACCUCCCCGAGGGCCACGACGUGGAGCAGCCGGUCCAGUACAGCCUGCGGGUCAGCAGAGACCGAGAGCACCUGUUGCUGCUGCCGGCGGCCGCUGCCGACACGGGGCAGUACAUCUGCAUGCUGAGCAACCAGACGUUCUGCAUUAAGAUCGCCAUACGCCUGAAGGUGCUGCGCCCGGAUGAGGUUGUCCGCGACGAAAACUGCGAUCCUCCAGUAGCCGUGGCGCCCAGUCAGAAGAUCAUCCCCUUUCAGACAGGGGGGCUGCUGGACUGUCCGGACGUUGAGGAGGCCCGCAAGAUGGCGACCGGAAACACAACGGUCACAUGGACCCACAAGUGCACAAGCCCAUCCAACAUCCAUCGGCAGCAGAGAGGAGCCAGUCUUCAGAUCCACGUCAUGCUGAAUACUUACCAGGGGCCGUACUUCUGUAGCGUCAACUACGAGAGGGAGGGGCUAAAGCUGCAGUUCACCCGCAGCGUCAUCGUGAGCGCCGUGUUUCCAGAUUUUCUUCCUAAACUUCCCAGCAUUCACCACCCGGGAAAAGACCAGAUCACCACCGUCAAACGGAACUCGGAUGCCCGUCUGGUGUGCACGGCCCUGUUCCCGUACCUCAACUCCUCCUGGGACAUCUGGUGGACGGUGGACGGGAAGAGGCUGGACAAACUGUUCGACCAGCAUCGGUUCUCCAGGACCAGCAGAACGCUGAAGAACGAGCACGGGGACCGGACAGUGGAGAGCGUGCUGCUGGUCCAGGACUUCCAGUCCCAGGACCUGAAGCGGGAGUUCAACUGCUCUGUGAGGAACGCUCGGGGGUUCGAGACCCGCAGGGCCCAGCUGGAGGAGGAGGUGUCGCUGCCCUCCCUGGAGCUGGGCUGUGGCCUCGGGGCGACGCUGCUCCUCAUGCUGCUCCUCUUCCUCCUCUACCACGUCUUCUGGCUGGAGCUGCUGCUGCUCUACCGCUCCUGGUUCGGCACCGACGAGAGACACACAGACGAUAAGGAGUACGAUGUGUACAUCUCCUAUGCGAGGAACAGCGAGGAGGAGCACUUCGUUCUCUUCACCCUUCGAGGCGUCCUGGAGAACGAGCUGGGAUUCUCCGUCUGCAUCUUCGACAGAGACAGUCUGCCGGGGGGGACCAUCACAGACGAGACUCUGAGCUUCGUGGCUCGCAGCCGGCGCCUCCUGGUGGUGGUCAGCCCCGGCUACGCCUCCCGGGGCUCCCAGGCCCUGCUGGAGCUACAGGCCGGCAUCGAUGGCAUGGCGCUGGGCGGGCACCUGCGGGUCAUCCUAGUCCAGUACAAGCCAAUCCAGCGCCAAUGCUGGGUCCGGGAGCUGAGGAGGGCCCGCGUGGCCCUGGUGCUGGUCCGUUGGCAGGGGGACAAGUCCAGGGAGCUAACGUCCCGCUUUUGGAAGCGGCUGAGGGUGGAGUUACCCCUGAGGAGGGUCAGCAGUGGCAGGGAGGUGGAGGUGGGAGGGAAAGAGCUGAUGAGGCUGCACAGUCAGAACAGCACCAACUCCCAAACGGGCCUUAUCAGCAACACCGUCAAAGACCCGCAGAAGGUCCUCAACUCAGCGGCGUAGUCAUGGCGAUCGCCUGUCCGACUUAUCACGAUUUAUUACAAUUUACCGCAACUUAUCACGCCUCAUUACAGCUCAUUAACACUUAUUACGUCUUUAAAAAAUGUGAAAUGUCGCAACUUGUCACUACAUUUCACAGCGUAUUACAGAACCAGCACAGUGUUUUAUUCAGAAAGGGUCAUCGGAUGACCAAGACAAGAAUAACCACCGUUUGUUUUCCAUAAACCUCAGUGUUGGUCCAUUGUAACACUCAGCUGCCACAAUGUUUGACCCCCUGAUGUGCUGUAACUUGUCACAUCGUACUCAGAUAAAAUGCAUUUACAGUAAAAACGUAUCUGAACUUUUGGUAUUUCUGUUCUAUUUUUGGUCACUUUUUUUCAGUAUCCGUGCUAAAAAGUACAAAUACAGUAUACUUGUGCACUUAUAUAUUUGUCUUCAAAAUGAAGCUGUCCUAUAGUGUUGUCACGAGAGAAAGGUUCUGCGCUUUGUCAUGAUUCUUCUUUUGUGUUUUUACAGUAUUUCAUUUAAUAAAGGAGUUUUUCAUCUAA